AUGCCAUUCAUAGGUGUGCAAUUUGAAGAGGGAGAAACUAUCGCAAUUGUGAAUAAAAGUUGGUUGACGCCAAGAAAGCAGGAGGUGUUUUGGCCACCUUACAGAACACAAGAACAAUACUAUCGUUCUUUAAAAAACCACGAAGCACCAUCCGAAACCACUUGGAAAUUAUAUAAAGUUUCACGUAUUUUUUUUGAAGAGGAUGAUUAUGAGAAAGCUUUACAAAAAAUUAAAUUAACAGAAGUGACGUCUGAUGUACAAACAGAUAAUGAAACAGCGAAAAGGAAAAGGAAAGCUCCAAGACGGUUAUUGACGUCUUCCGAGCACUCUUCAGAGUCGGGAUCAGAAGAGGACAAAUUGCCCAGGAGGUUCCCUCGUCUGAAAUCGUCAAAUCUUGAAUCUCAGUCCAGUUUUAUACAGUCCAGUAGUCCGUGGACAACUAAUGGAAAUACUAUGGACGUUUUGUUGUGGACGUUCAUAGGCUCACUUGAAAUGGACAUCCUGUGGAUGUACUUUGAGUGGCCAUGA